AUGCUUUAUUUGCCAGGUGCUACGGGCAAAUAUGACGCUGCUGUGGCGACCUACGGGGUGCAGCUGAGGGCAUGGGUGGACAUGCAGGUGGAUGCACGGCUUGGGCAGCUUCUGCCGAACUUCCUGGAGGGUGAGCUCGAGAGCCUUCGCUCAGAGGUCGCUGCGUCGCAGGAGGCCACGGCCCACGCUGCCGAAGCUUCGGCGGCCAGAUUGGAGGUCGAGCUCGGGGCAGUGGCCGAUGCGCAGGCGAAGCUGCUGCAGGUGGUCGAGGGCAUGUCGCGCGAGCUGGCACGGGCACGGGCCGACCAGGGGAGCGGCAGAGACGCCUGGGACUCCACGAGCCAGGAGCUCAUGCGGGUCAAGGACCAGAUUUCGGCGAUCGAGCGCCAAGUCACCAGCAUUCGAGGAGAGCUCGAAGAGGAUGCGCCGCUGAAAGAGCUGGGAAGUUGGGCCGAGAGAAAGUUCGCCAUGGAGAGCCAGCGGCUCCAAAGCUUGGAGAAGGAGCUGGGCAGUACGGAGGCAAGGCUGAGCUCCAAGGUGCAGGAGAUCAACUCCGAGGUCGCCCGCAUCAGACUGGAUCUGGAGCUCGGGGCUGCGGAGUCGGGCUAG